AUGGAGAGCGGGAUUUACAUCCUUGGAUUGGGAAACCUGGGCAAAUAUGUUGCUUUCGCCCUCAGACGCAACCAGCAAACCACCGUCACAGCCCCCCGCCAGGUUUCGCCCGUGACGCUCCUCUUUCAUCGAAAAGGUCUUCUCGAGGAUUGGGAGAGUGAAGACCGAUCCAUUCGAUACUACACGCCAGAGUGUUUGAAAAGCCAACCGCCUGUCGAAAAAUCACGAGCCAGUGGCUUUCGUGUCGAGUUACUCAAUGCGACCGCCGAAAAGCAUGACAUCGAAAACCAUACCCCCGCAAUCAUUGACGACAAGUCCCCGAUCAGACAUCUCAUUGUGACGACCAAGACCUAUGCAACAACCGCCGCUCUUGCCCCGAUCAAGGACCGGCUAAACAAAGACUCGCAUAUACUGUUUCUUCAGAACGGCAUAGGUGUCACUGAUGAGGUCUCUCAUAAGCUUUUUCCCGAUCCGGGGAACCGGCCCACGUACUGGGCUGGCAUCUGCAGCGCCGGUGUUUACAGCAUGUCUCCAUUCUCCAUUAUCCAUGCCGGCCGUGGACCCUUGAUGAUGGGUGUUGUUGGCACGCAGUCUGCGGGAGGCGCCCCGCCCACAGCCGAGGCUCACAUGGCCUCCCGACUCUCGAAUUCUAGGUUGCUCCAGACUAGUUUACUCUCACCAGAGCAGAUCGUACACGCUCAGCUGAAGAAGCUUGUCAUCAACGCAAUCAUUAACCCUUUAACGGCCUGCUUCAACUGCAAGAACGGGCAAGUCUUCGAAAGUGAUGAGAGACAGGCUCUUUAUCGCCUUCUUCUUCAAGAGGCCGGUACCAUUAUCAGGGAGAUGCUUCCUAAUUCAGACAAUCUCCAUGAAACAGCCUUCUCGGAUCGAGCCUUGAGCGCGCUGGUCGAGGAGGUCGCCGAGAAAACUGCCAACAACACAAGCUCAAUGUUGCAGGAUGUACAGGCUGGGAGGCGGACCGAAAUAGAUUAUAUUAACGGCUAUCUGGUUUUGCAAGGGAGGAGGCUAGGCUUGCCAACCACACAUCAUCAAGUCGUUUACAACAGGAUCAAAACACUGGAGGCGGGCCACGUGGAUUGA